AUGGCAACACCCAAAUUCGUCAAAUCGAAUCUUGUCGGGUUCUCAACCGCCAAGCCGGAAUUGUUCAAGCGCCAUCAAUUACUCCCCGUCCGCGAUCUAAAGCUGUUGGUUCGCGAUUAUACUGCCAUCGCGAAAAAUGCGCUAAUCAUGCUGGUGAACUUGUCGAGUGACGAGGAGGUGCUCAAACUCCUGGUUGAUGAUGAUAAGUUUCUAGAGGAUCUGUUGGCGAAAUUGACAAACGACAAGGAGCCCACUGCUGAUGAGGUCGCAAUGCUACUGGCGAAUCUCGUCAAGUCCGACAAACUAGAGCGACUCUUCACCACCAAGCGGCAAGCUCCGAAGUCGGUGUCGACUUCGGAGAACGCGAUAGAUCAGAUCAUGGACUGCUUCGUCAAGGGCGCCGACGGCGCCCUCAACAAGCACGCCAACUAUGACUACCUGUCCUACCUCUUUGCCGACUUGUCCCAGAGUGAGAAGGGCCGAGCGUAUUUCUUGGAGCGCCAGGAAUACGACGGGGUGGUCCCCAUCACGAAGUUGACAGUAUUCACGGAGCACAACAGUGACAUUCGGAGGAAGGGCGUCGCCUCCACCAUCAAGAACGUUGCGUUCGAGGUCAAUUCGCAUCCCAUGCUGUUCGCCGAGGAUGGCGCCAACCUCCUCCCCUACUUGUUGCUGCCACUCGCGGGCCCGGAGGAACUGUCAGAUGAGGAUACGGCGGAUAUGCUACCCGAUUUACAGCUACUGCCCCCGGACAAGCAGCGGGACAGUGACCACACCAUUAUCACGACGCAUCUCGAAACGCUGUGUCUGCUCACCACCACUCGCGAGGGUCGGGACCUGAUGCGCGCGGUCAAGGUGUAUCCCUUGAUUCGUGAGACUCAUCUCCACGUGGAAGACGAAACUGUGCAGGAGGCGUGCGAUCGGCUGGUUCAGGUCCUGAUGCGAAACGAGGAGGGUGAAGGAGAAGACAUUGAACCACCAGCGGAGCAACCCCCUGCGCCAAAUGAGGAUGAUAAGGUUGUUGAGCUGGAAAUACUACUGGUAUUUCGUCAUACCCCCACCACGACGACCAAUAUUCCACUGCGGACGCGGAAGCUAUCUUGCCCCUCCCCGAGGCGCGAGUGGCUUCCCGCUGAAAACACUGACUCUUACCCGGAUGGUUGGAGCGACAAUGGACACGGUGAUUCAAACGGUAAUCUCUCGGUGAAUGAAGGGAGCGUUCCACGUCCUCAGGUCUUAAUGUCGCAAGCCCCUCUUCUCCGCCCGUCGCCCACGGGUUCGCCAUAUGGAGCGUUAGAUUCGGACUCGGAUGAUGUGAGCGAUACGGCGCACAGUCAUAUGCGUGAAGUUCGAUUACAACGCGCGAGCUUCGAAAAUGGCGGAAGCUCCUCGAUCACACGGAACCACGGUCCAAGACGGUCACUCUCUUUUAGCAGGCGACGGAGUAGCACGUACGCGGAAAGACACACACGUCGUCCGUCCUCGGCCACAUCUGAUGUCGGAAUGGGCGCUGAUUCCAAAUACUCCUUUGCCACUGGUCUAGCGGUACCGGGCAACCCGGUGAUGCAAGAAACCCCCAUGUCCUCGCCAUACAUGACCAGUGAAGAUGACGAUAUCCUCGACAUCGACGACGAGGAUCCCAAAUCGCUUGAUGAGGAUCCUCCGGACAAUUCACCAUAUGCUCAAGUGCGAGCUUCUGUCCCAGCAAUAGACAAUGUCUCUCUUUCGAUCAACACACCUCGGAUGUGGCUUCUUUCACUAUUAUUUUCUCUGAGCGGGUCAGCUGCCAAUCUCUUCUUCUCUCUGCGAUAUCCCAGUGUUGCGAUCACCCCGAUCAUCGCUCUUGUUCUGGUUCAUCCGCUAGGCAAGCUCUGGGAUGUGGUCUUUAAACAAACCGGGGAUCCUUUCGAGGUUUUCGAGAAUGGUUCCCUCCACCACCGAGAGCUACCUUCCGGCGAGAUUGAGACCCUACCAAUUUCACUGGUGUCUCGAGUCAGGCUGUGGUUUGGCCAAGGUCGUUGGAACGAAAAAGAACAUGCGUGUGUCUAUAUCAGCAGCAACGUUUCCUUUGGAUUUGCCUUUGCUACUGACGUCAUUGUUGAGCAGCACAAAUUCUACAAACAGGAUGUUCCAAUCAUUUACCAGCUGCUACUGAUCAUAUCCACCCAGGUAUUGGGUUAUGCAUUCGCGGGACUUACGCGAAGGUUUCUUGUGCGGCCAUCAGCAAUGAUCUGGCCGGGCACAUUGAUGUCUACCGCAAUGUUCUCUACGAUGCACAAAUCAGUGAACAAAAAGGCUAAUGGCUGGAGCAUUUCUCGAUACAGAUUUUUUGUCGUUGUUUGGGCCGGUGCUUUCCUUUGGUAUUUCGUUCCGGGGCUGUUGAUGCCUGCCCUGAGCUACUUCAAUGUGAUCACCUGGCUAGCACCCAAGAACGUUGUACUCUCAAAUUUGUUUGGAGUUGCCUCAGGUCUUGGAAUGUUCCCGGUGACCUUCGAUUGGGCUCAGAUUGCAUAUAUUGGCUCCCCUCUCCUGACACCUUGGUGGGCUGCAGCCAAUAUUGUGACGGGACUAGUGGUUGUCAUUUGGGCUGUCGCCCCCAUACUCUAUUAUAAAAACGUUCUUUACUCCGCCUAUAUGCCCAUCCUGUCAACGGCAGUCUUCGAUAACGCUGGGCGACCAUACAACGUGAGCCGAAUUUUGACCGCGGAUUUUCUAUUCGAUCAGAAAGCCUAUGAGGAUUACUCCCCGGUUUAUCUGCCAAUCACCUAUGUGUUAUCUUAUGGGGUUCAGUUCGCUGCUCUGACCUCCCUUGUCAGCCACACAAUCUGCUGGUACGGCAAGGACAUAUGGCAUCAAAGCAGAAAGGCAUUUGAAGAAAGACAAGAUCUACCAAACAGAGAGAUCUACCAACCCCUACGGGAAGAAAGUAGUUCGGGCCGACGGAGCUUUGACAUUUCGAGGCAAAGUUCGCAUGACCCUGGCCGGGAAGUUCCACUUGGAGGAGAAGACGUUCAUUGCCGCUUGAUGAGGCGUUACAAGGACGCCCCUUUGACGUGGUAUCUCUUUGUUCUCGUGUCCAUGCUAGCAAUUGCCACAUUCACUGUGGAAUAUUAUCCCACACACCUACCUUGGUACGGGCUUCUUCUGGCUCUCAUGAUUACGAGCGUGUUCUUCAUUCCUGUGGGGAUCAUCAUGGCUGUCACGAACCAGCACAGUAGUCUAUAUCUGAUCUGUCAACUUCUCUGUGGCAUUGUCUUCCCGGGUCGGCCUGUUGCAAACAUGAUCUUCGUGACCUACUCGUAUAUCAGCUCCGCGCAAGGGAUCAAGUUCUCCUCAGAUCUCAAACUCGGACAUUAUAUGAAGAUCCCACCACGAAUCCUUUUUGGUGUGCAGAUGAUGGCGACUUUGGCGUCUAGUCUGACCCAGAUCGGAGUAUUAAAUUGGAUGUUCAGUUAUAUCCCAGGGCUGUGUACUCCGGAGGCCAUCAACGGGUUCAACUGUCCUAUUGCUCGAGUGCAUUUUAACGGCAGCAUACUGUGGGGCGUGGUUGGCCCUCAGCGUUUCUUUGGGCCUGGGGGAUUGUAUCGACCUCUGGUGUGGGCAUUCCUCGUGGGUGCUGUUGCCCCUUUGGGGGCGUGGCUCUUGGGGAGACAUAGUAAGAAGAGCUUCUGGCGUCUUGUCAAUUUCCCUAUCCUGUUUGGCAGUCUGAGUUGGAUUCCUCCAGCCACUGGACUAAAUUUCUCCAUUUGGGCGCUGGUUUGCUUCGUAUUCAAUUACCUGAUCCGAAGAAGAAGAACAGCUUGGUGGGAAAAGUACGCCAUGACCCUUUCUGCGGCGUUGGACUCUGGGCUGGCCUUUGCGGUUGUGGUGGUUUUCUUUGCCUUCAUCUACCCAGGUUGGGUAGAUGGAUUCAAGUGGUGGGGAACGGAGAUUUACAAACAGGGAUGCGAUUGGGUUGCUUGCCCAUACAAACCUCUGGAGCCAGGUCAAAAGUUCGGCCGGUAG